UACUCAAACAUAUAGAUUCCUCCGUAUUCUUACGUUUACCUUUGUAACUUUUUAAUUGGAGCGAGUGGCCCUUGCAAAUUUGUCCAGCGCAUAAUAAAACGACGGUGUUUUCCCAUUCCUUCACUUUUGUUUUUGAUAACGAAAGUUUAUCAUGGGUCGUGUUAUUCGAGCACAAAGAAAGGGUGCUGGUUCCGUAUUCAAAUCACAUACUAAGAGAAGAAAGGGGGCACCUAAAUUACGUUAUUUGGAUUUUUCCGAAAGGCAUGGGUACAUUAAAGGUGUUGUAAAAGAUAUUAUACAUGACCCCGGGAGAGGAGCACCGCUUGCGGUGGUGCAUUUCCGUGACCCUUACAAAUUUAAAACCAGGAAGGAAUUAUUUAUUGCUCCUGAAGGAAUGUAUACGGGACAAUUUGUUUACUGUGGAAAGAAAGCCAAUUUGCAAGUUGGAAAUGUUUUACCUGUUGGUACAAUGCCUGAAGGAACUAUUGUAUGCAAUUUAGAAGAAAAAACCGGCGAUAGGGGCCGUUUGGCUCGAGCCUCUGGAAAUUAUGCUACAGUUAUAGCCCACAAUCAUGAUACAAAAAAAACUAGAGUUAAGUUGCCUUCAGGAGCAAAAAAAGUCAUACCGUCCAACAACAGGGCUAUGGUUGGAAUUGUUGCUGGAGGAGGUCGUAUUGACAAACCGAUUUUGAAAGCCGGUAGAGCAUACCAUAAGUACAAGGUUAAACGCAACUGUUGGCCCAAAGUACGUGGUGUUGCUAUGAAUCCUGUUGAACAUCCACAUGGUGGUGGUAAUCACCAGCAUAUUGGAAAAGCUUCGACUGUCAAAAGGGGCACUUCUGCUGGUCGUAAAGUUGGUCUUAUUGCGGCUCGAAGAACAGGUCGUAUUAGAGGAGGCAAGGUUGAUGCCAAAAAAGAAGAUUAGAUUGGUUUUUAUGUCCUAUCAAUGUAUUUCAUUUAUUUGUAAUGUAAUUUCAUUCGGAAUAUAUUGAUAUUUAAAC